GCGCGCUGUCACGCUUUACUACCAACAGGCACGGAAUUCCAGGGAGGAAGUUACUGGGAUUGGAAAAAACAACUCGCAACGUGCCGAAACUAACCUGGGGGGAGAAUCCAGCUCACGGCAUUCCUCGUCGGGAAUAAUACACACACUUAAUCUGGGGAAUAUGGACUAGUGGCGGUCGCAGCAGAUGGAGGCGGCGAGAAGUUUGCUGUUUGUCGGAGCUCUGCUGCUUGGAGUGACGGGCGCUUUGGGCAGAGAAGUGUGCCUGGGCACAGACAUGAAGCUGGCCCUGCCCUCCAGCCUGGAGAAUCACUACGAGACCCUGAGGCUGCUCUACACCGGCUGCCAGGUCGUCCACGGCAACCUGGAGAUCACACACCUUCACGGCCAGCCUGACCUCUCCUUCCUGCAGGGGAUCCUGGAGGUGCAGGGCUAUGUGCUGAUAGCCCACGUGUCGGCGAGUCUGGUGCCUCUGGACAACCUGCGGAUCAUCCGAGGCAGCCAGCUGUACAACUCCAGCUACGCCCUGGCAGUGUUUGAAAACACUCUGGAGGGGGCCGCGGGACAGGGGCUGAGGACGCUCCGCCUUCGCAGCCUCACAGAGAUCCUGCUGGGUGGGGUGUAUAUUUGGGGGAAUCCCCAGCUGUGCUUCCCAAACCCACAGGGUAUUGACUGGAGGGACACCCUGGGCGAGAAGAACCACAGCAAGCCAAUGCGGCUGCAGGCUCAGGCCCCUCAGUGUCCAAAAUGUUCCCCUGCCUGUGGAGAGAGCUGCUGGGGGGAAACUGCACAGGACUGCCAGAUCUUCACCCAUAUCCACUGUGCAUCUGGGUGUCUGCGUUGUAAGGGUCCCCAGCCCAAUGAUUGCUGUCACAUGCAGUGUGCUGCAGGAUGCACGGGCCCCAAGCACUCAGACUGUCUUGUGUGCCGUAACGUCAACGACAGCGACGUGUGUAAGGACAGCUGUCCUCCUCCCACCAUCUACAACCGAGUCACCUUCCAGUCCGUACCCAACAAAAAUAAGAAGUUCAGCUUUGGAGCCACCUGUGUCAAGACAUGUCCUCAUAACUACCUGGCCACGGAGGUGGCUUGCAUUAUGGCUUGUCCCAAUGCCAACCAGGAGGUCAUCAUCACGCAGCCUGAUGGAAAUGAGACGCAGAAAUGUGAAAAGUGUGAGAGGGACUGUCCUAAAGUAUGCUACGGCCUUGGUAUGGACAACCUCCAGGGCGUCACCAUGGUAACAUCCUCUAAUGUGGAGCAGUUCAACACGUGUAAGAAGAUCUUCGGUAGCCUUGCGUUCCUUCCACAAAGCUUUGUGAGGGACCCGAUGACAAACACAUCAGGCCUGACUCUGGAGCAGCUGAGUGCCUUCAAGAACCUGGAGGAGAUUACAGGUUACUUGUACAUCGACGCGUGGCCUGAAAACUGGACUGACCUGAGCGUGUUUGAGAACCUGAAGGUGAUCCGAGGCAGGAUGCUCUACAAGGGUGUGUUUUCCCUGGGGGUCCAGAACCUGCAGAUCCGCUCUCUCGGGCUGCGUUCCCUGCGCAGCGUCAGCGGAGGUCUGGUCCUAAUCCACAACAACUCCCAGCUGUGCUACACCAACUCGCUGCCCUGGGGGAGUCUCCUCCACCCCGCGCAGGGACUGCACCGCAUCGUCAACCACAACCAGGACCUCCAACUGUGUGAGGAGGAGAGACGCGUUUGUCACCCCCUGUGUGAGGGGGGCUGCUGGGGCCCGGGACCCAGCCAGUGCGUGUCCUGCAAGACCUUCCAGCGUGGCACAGAGUGUGUGGAGGAGUGUGACAUCUAUCAGGGGUCGGUGCGCGAGCACACAGACGGUUCCCAGUGCAGUCCCUGUCAUUCAGAGUGUCGCCCGAUCAACGGCUCUGCCUCCUGUCACGGCACGGGGGCAGACCGGUGCACAGAGUGUCUACACUUCCAGGACGGUGACUUCUGUGUGGACCGCUGUCCCAGCGGUGUGAAGGGGGAUCAGCACACUAUAUGGAAGUACAGCAAUGCCACGGGACACUGUCUGCCCUGCAACACCAAUUGUACACUCUCCUGCACUCAAAUGGAUGAGAGAGGCUGCCCCAUUCAUUCAAAAUCAGGACCGGGCACGUCCAUUGCAGUCGGAGUGGGUGGAGUGGUGCUUUUCUUCAUCCUGCUGGCUCUGCUGGUUUUCUACCUGAGGAGGAAGAAGAAGCUGAAGGAGAAGGAGGCGAUGAGGAGAAUCCUGCAGGAGCACGAGCUGGUGGAGCCUCUAACGCCAAGUGGAGCCUCACCCAAUCAGGCCCAGAUGCGCAUCCUGAAGGAGACGGAGCUGAAGAAAGUCAGGGUGCUGGGUGCAGGGGCUUUUGGCACUGUCUACAAGGGAGUGUGGGCUCCUGACGGGGAAAACGUAAAAAUACCAGUGGCCAUCAAGGUUUUACGGGAGAACACCUCACCCAAAGCCAACAAAGAGAUCCUGGAUGAAGCCUAUGUGAUGGCAGGGGUGGCCAGCCCCUACGUGUGCCGCCUCCUGGGGAUUUGUCUGACCUCCACAGUGCAGCUGGUCACCCAGCUGAUGCCGUACGGCUGCCUGCUCGACUACGUGAGGGAGAACAAGGACCGCAUCGGCUCCCAGUGCCUCCUCAACUGGUGUGUCCAGAUAGCCAAGGGGAUGAGCUAUCUGGAGGAAGUGCGUCUGGUCCACAGGGACUUGGCCGCCCGGAACGUUCUGGUGAAAAACCCAAAUCACGUCAAGAUCACCGACUUCGGCCUGGCCCGCCUGCUCGACAUAGACGAGACCGAGUACCAUGCUGAUGGAGGAAAGGUGCCGAUCAAAUGGAUGGCUCUGGAGUCAAUUCUCCACAGGAAGUUCACUCAUCAGAGCGACGUCUGGAGCUACGGGGUGACAGUUUGGGAGCUGAUGACAUUCGGGGCGAAACCCUAUGACAUGAUCCCAGCGAGGGACAUCCCUGAAGUGCUGGAGGGAGGAGAGCGGCUGCCCCAGCCCUUCAUCUGCACCAUCGACGUCUACAUGAUCAUGGUCAAAUGUUGGAUGAUCGACCCAGAAAGCAGACCGAGGUUCAAAGAACUCGUGAAUGACUUUGGUGCGAUGGCCAGAGAUCCACCUCGCUAUGUUGUUAUUCAGAAUGAUGAACAGAUGAGCCUGUCCAGCCCGGUGGACAGCAAGUUCUUCCGGACACUUCUAGAGGAGGAAGGAGGGGAAAUGAGGGACCUGCUGGACGCUGACGAGUAUCUGGUGCCCCAGGCAAACCUCUUUGCCAGGACUCCAGGAGACGGGGCCUCUACCAACGGGCCGUCCAGGCACCAGUCAUACAGGAGCACAGACCAUGGUUUAGAUGCCGAGGUGUCUGUUGCUGGCGGCCCGAGGAGCAUGUACUCCUCUGUGAGCACCCUGGGCCGCAGCCAGUACCCCACCUUGCCGUUAGGGGCGAGCACCUCCAACGGUCUCUGGGCUCCUCAGUGCUCCACCCUCGUUCGCAGCACUUCUGCCGGAGGCCAGUCGGACUCGGUCUUCCUGGACAGCCCGGACGACCCCUCGUUGCCCCCAGCCAGCCCUGGGCGCUACUGCAAAGAUCCCACCCACCCCAACGGGAGCCAGGGUGAUCUGGAGACAGAUGGGCCACCCAUCUAUCAUCCUCCUCAUCACCUUCAUCACUCACUACCCAGACGAAGUCAUGGAUGUAAUCAUAAUCACGCCUUGCCAGAGUACGUCAACCAGGAGGUGCAGGACCUCAGGCCCGGGGUCCCCGAGCGGCCCAGCACGCUGCCUCGCAAGAGGGUCAGAGGCGAGCGACGCAUCCCCAACGGCCUGAGCUCCGGACACAGUGUGGAGAACCCGGAGUAUCUGGUCCCCAUAGCCGGCGGGACCUCCCCCCCACCAGCCUUCGACAACCCCUACUACCUGGACCUCCUGACCAAGGCCAAGGUGGUAGCCGGGGCUGUGGACGGCACCGGGGAGUCGGAGAGGGACGGAGGAGUGAACAGGCAGGUGAACGGGUUUGUGACGCCGACAGCAGAGAAUCCAGAGUAUCUGGGACUUGCAGACACUUGGAGUGGAUAUACAUGAGGGAAGGGUCAGGACAUGAUGUGGAGGAUCCAGUUCCCUAAGUGGAGGCAUGACUCUGAUGCCACCCAGGGAAAGGAGGAGUGAGAGAAUGUGUGUGCGAGACAGAAAUGAGCUGGGUGUGUGCUUGAUAAAGAAAAGAAAGAAUAGUAAGUGCCAGGAAACAUGUAUGUGUAUACAUGUGUGCGAGUUCACAUGCAAAGUAAAUGUGUGUGUGGAUGGAGUGGAAGGAGAACGCAUCAGCAGAAGCACCCAAACCGGACCAGUUACCAGACCAUUACCCCAGUCAGUGUAGCAUUAACUCAACUGGUGUGUUAUUUACAUGGCAUUAUUUAUAUUCCUGUCUUCCUCCUGACAAUCUGUGCUCCUUAAGUGACCUCUGGGUGCCAAAAAAAAAAGUUUACACUGCCACAAUAACUCAGUACUUGUAUAGAAAUCCAAUAAUAAUUGUCAAAAUCUAUAAUGGUACUAGAAGGGGGGGGAAAAGCAGUCCGUGUGAGGAUAAACAGGGAGAAUCCAACACUGGAGUGGGUUUAAGAAUGCAGGGAGGGGGGGAUGGUUUCAUGUCUGUGGUUGUUUUAUACUAUAUGUGAAGCAUUUUUGCAGAUUCAUUUGGUUUCAUCUCAUGUCCUGUCUUGUUUUAACACCGAAGAUGUUGCUUUUCUGCCCAGCUGACAGAAAAAAAUAAUAUUUACAACAGUUUAGACAAAAUGAGCCACGAGGAUGAUAUUUAGUAUUCUGGUCAGUUUUUGCCAGACCUGAUGGGGGUCUUCACUUCUCUCAAAGCCAUUUUGUUUUGGCCAGAGAGGGCCCCGCAGCCCAUCUGGCCAAUACACAUGCUCUCUGAAAGAAAGGCAUCCUGUAUCUAGAAGACAGAGGCAUUGUGCCACACUGAUAUAUGUGGUUGUUAUUGGCUGUGGCUGUAGCUAACAUGGUACGACAUACAAGCAAUGGAUACUGCUACUAGGUGAAAACAGAGCAGAGUAUAUUUAUAUGUGGUAUUGUUAAGCUGCAAAACUCUCAGUUAGGAUUUUAUUUUGAAGACUUGAUGGGAAUAAUUUAGUAUAACAUAAUUUUAUAGUUUCUCCUUGGGGAAUUACAAAUUCACAGCCAAUUAGAAAAGAUUAUUUGCAUUUUAAAUGUUGUACAGUGUAGUAUUUAUGCCGUAGUCGACAGUAAACGAACCCCGAGCUUGUGCUAUCACAAUGGGCCUUGUGUUUUGGAUGGCCUUUCACUGUGCCGGACAGCAGCGCAAGCUCUUUGUGAAUGUGCCCCAAAGAAGUGAAGACUUUGCGUGUGUCAGUAUAAAUAUAUUUCUCUCCAUUUUUGGACAAAAAACAGCAAUUGUUGUUAUUUAACGUGAGACUUGUUUAUGUGUUUUUGUGACAAAGUGAGCCAUGCGCUAGACACUGGAGCUGAAUGUGACUGCGGAGAGGGAAACGUUCCUCUCCUCAGUCUGGAUAAUCAAUGCAUGGUUGAAAUUCCUCUCAGCGAAAACACACUGGCAUCCCAGUUAAUAAUCAACUGCAUUUUUUGAAGACUGUUUUUUCCACGUUAGCUGGUGUGUUUGCGGGACAGGGUGGGAGAUGGCGAGGGGCGGGGGCGGGGGGGCUGCCAAACCAAGUGAAAGGCUCCAUUGUGUCGCCUCAUGGACUUGUUGAAAGUCAGCAGUCUCCCAACGUACAGGUCCCAUUGAUUGAUGUUGUCAAUAGAGAGAAAUUUAGUUUUCCGGCGCAGAGGUUUCAGACUCAGCAGCAGAAAGUGGGACAACACAGCUAUUUGGGAUUGUUGGGGCUCUUUUUUUUCCCCAACUCACUAAAAAAGUAACAUGAUUUCCCCGUUUGCUGCAUUUUUUUCAAAGAAUCAAUUGCAGCUCAUCUUGCAUUAAGCUACUACUGAGUUUGGAUAUAUAAGGAGAGUAAAAAAAAAGAAGAUCCUCUUGAGUAUCCUCCGGGCGUUGCCAGUUUGUCUUGAAUACGAUGGAUCAUUUCUCGGUGAUUCUCUGAACAAUGACUCGAGUGUGCUCGUUCAAGGGAGGGCACAACAUUUGUUGACGUGUGUACAGUCCCCCUUCCCCUUCACCCUCACCCGUCACGUCACUUUCACUCUGAUCUGAAGUCUGUGGUCGACUGACUUUUGUCUCGAUGUUCUCAUGUGGGUUAGAAGAAUAUGAAGAGUUAAAAUAAGAUCUCCACCAUUUU